AAGCCGCUGUAGAACACCAACGAAGAAGAGGAGGAGGAGCUCCGUUGCCGCAGUAGCAGCCGUUUUUCGCAGCUAACAUUUUGAACCAUGGCCGCCGUGCGUAGCUUACGGGUGUCAGUGAAAUCAGACAGCGGCUCGGAGCGCUCGGAGUCGGACUCUGAUUCCGAGUCAGACCGGGAUACCCGCGAAGCCGAACCGAUGGAGGUGGAGGAGGGAGAGCUGGGGGCGGAGGGCGUCUCCGUCAACCGCUCCCUGAAGGAGCUGCUCCCGGAAACUAGUAGGAGGUACGAGAACAAGGCUGGAGCCUUUAUCACUGGGAUCGACGUUAACUCAAAGGAGGCAAUUGAAAAAAAAGAAAAGCGAGCAAGACGUUUUCAUUUCUGCAGUGAGGAGAGUGUCGGUCAAAGGAACGUUUUCCUGGAUAAAGAUAUCGUAAAGAAAACCAUCCCUAGAGUUCGGAUGGAGGCAAUCCAUGUGACAGGUGUGGAUGACAUGAGCACACAGGAUGUGUUUGGUUACUUUAAGGAGUAUCCUCCAGCACACAUUGAGUGGAUUGAUGACACUUCCUGUAAUGUGGUUUGGCUUGAUGACAACACAUCCAUUCGAGCCCUCAUCAACACAAGCCAGAUGCCUGUCUGUGAGGCUGUUUCCACGGAGACGGAGAGCCCCAGCAAACCGGACCAACAGCACGAAGGUCAAAGGCCAGAUGAUGAGGAUGAAGAAGAGGAGGAGGGUGAAGUGGAUGAAGAGGAAGCAGUAAAGAAGAGCAGUGAGGAGAUUGAUGGGAAAGACAAUGAGGAAGAGGUGGUACAGAAGAGGAAGGUGGAGGACGGACAGAUGGAAGACCUGUCGCGGGCAGAGAGAGCGUCUUUGCUCAGGAACGAUCUGCGUCCGGCCGUCAGGCCCUUCAAAGGAAACAAACUCAUGCUGCGAUUUGCCACACAAGAUGAUAAGAAGGAACUGGGCGCAGCUCGUCGCAGCAGAUACUACAUGAAAUACGGAAACCCAAACUACGGCGGUAUGAAGGGAAUCCUCAGCAACUCCUGGAAGAGACGGUACCACAACCGACGAAUCCAGCGAGACGUAAUCAAGAGCAAGAAACCUCUAAUUGGCGACAGUAUGGGACACACGCCGCCAUACACACACCGACACUCAGCUGACCUGGUCAACCUGCCGGAAGAGCCUAUUAAGGAAGAGGAGGAGGAGGAGGACGGUGACGAGGACAUGGACUCGGAUGACAGGGUGGUGGAGUACAGAGAGAGAGGGGACAAGGAGCCAGGUGACCGGGCCGGCAGCUCGCGGCUGGUGGGCCCAGGGCUUCGCAGCCGGGUGGAGCGCUCACCGUCUCCCUGGUCAGAGCUGGAUGAAAUGGACUAUGACCUGGAGCUGAAGAUGAUCUCCACCCCGUCACCAAAGAAGAGCAAGAAGAUGACGAUGUACGCCGAUGAGCUGGAUACUCACCUGAAGAGCAUCAGGAACAGGAUCGGCGGGUCAGGACCACCAAUCGGGACCAAAUCCUCGUCGCCCACUAGGGUGACGGACGUUCGGCAGCUGUUGGAGGAGAAGAGGCAAGGGCUGUCCCAGCACAGGCAGCCCCCCUCAGUGGCGAGCAGUGGGAAAACAGAUGUACGACAGCGUUUGGGGAAGAGACGGUACUCUCCUGACAGACGGCGCUCCCCCUCCCCGGUGUCCCCCAGAGAGAGUCCUCCAGCCAGAGAACCCAUCAGAGAUGUGCAUCGCAGACUGGGCGCGGCCAGUCAAGACAGAGGCCUCUACCCCAACUCAGCCAAAGACAGAAAGACAAGUUCGAGUGGCCUGUGGAGCAGACUUGGCUCAGGUGACGAGGAAGACAACAGCUGCGACCGCAGGCCAAGCAGCCGGUCAGCUGUGUCAUUCUCCUCCUCAACAGGACGGAACAACAAACAAGGAGACGGAGAAGAGGAGGAGGAUGAGGAAGAUGACUCGACGCUGCAGAGGAUGUGGGGUGCAAUGAUCAAACAGAAACAGGAGCGUGUGUCCCACAGAAUGAAAAAGAGUCGAUUGGACAACCUGCCGUCGCUGCAGAUCGAGAUCAGCCGUGACAGCAGCGAUGACUCUGACGCCUAAAACUGAACCAUCAACAGAGAAGAGGAGAGGCAAGAGACGUCAGUGUGUGUCCGCUGAGCCUUGGGCUGCUCUUUUUUUCCAAGGUCUACGAAAGUACGAGCCUGGGGGUGGGAUUAGACAGCCACCGCCAGCCCUGGACUGACUAAUGCUGGUACAGGACAGUAGUCCACAGGGUCAAGACCACUGCCUGAACAUUGACUUUCACAUUUCCAACCGAUGAUCUCACUUUUAAAGUUUCCUGGUGACCUUUGGUUCUGAGUUUGUUCCUGAAACAUUCGGUAUCAAACACCAAAUUCAAUGUUUUGUUUUACAGGCUUUUUAUAGUGUUAAGAUCAAGUAUCCUUUUCAGACCUUUGGCCUGAAAGAUCAGGCUAAUUUGUCUCUGCCUAUGGGAAGCAGAGUUCACAUUCAGUCAGUGUAUUUUUCCAGUUAAUGUAAUUCUGUCUAAUACUUUGAACUAAAUUAAACUAAUCUUUUUGUGACUGUUUGAA